AUGGAGUACGAUGAAAUGGAUGAGCCUGUCCUACUGACAUCAAAAGGCAAAAGAAAACAUUGUUUACCUCAAAACUCUUCAUGUUACAAGGCAAAAGAGAAACGAUACAGUGGAAAUGGCUUGGUCGCAAGUGUAGCACUCAAUGACAACACUUACACUUCAAGUCCUGAUACUUUGAAGGAAUCUGAUUUAUAUUACAUCAAACAACAGCUCUAUUUCACCAACUACAAAGUCAAACAAGAUGCCAUUCUUCUGUCUCAUAUGGAUGCUAUGCCAUGUAAACGGAGGAGACAACAAGUGGAGGCUGAAGAGAAGAGAAGACAAAGAGAUGUAUCGAUCAAGUAUGCCAUUUUAAAAGAAGAUAAAACAAAAGUUCCCGUCUGCCAUGCUUCAUCCCUGAGCAUUUUCUGUGUCAAGAAAGACAGAGUUCAAAGUAUUGCAAAGUACUGGCUUGAGAACGGCAAAGCACGUCCCGAAAAUCGUGGUGGUCCCAGGGAAACUGAAGAGCAAACUGCAAAGAAGGACAUAGUUCGAAAGCACAUACAGUCUUUUAAUUGUAGAGCAAGCCACUAUGCCCGCCGUGGUGCACCUGGGAGAAAGUUCCUGCCGAGUGACUUGAGUGUGGGAAAAAUGCAUCAGAUGUUUCUUGAGCAGAAUCAUCAACAAGUUUCCUACUCACUAUACUGGAGCAUCUUUGUGUAUGACUUCAACCUGGCUUUUGGUCAUCCUGCCAAAGAUGUGUGCUCUUCGUGUGUCAAAUUCCGCAUUGCAAUCAAUGAUCCUGAUCUGACUGCAGAAGAGAAGCGGAACAAGAUUCUUCUUUACACACUUCACCGUCGCCGAGCUCGUCAGUUUUAUGACACACUUAAUGACGUGGGUGAUACAUUCACUGUCUGCUUAGACAUAAUGGAGAACCUGGUCCUUCCUAGGUUUGCCAUCUGUCAAACGUAUUACUUACGGCAGGUAUACUUUUAUGUAUUCGGUGUGGUCCGUCACCGUGGCAGAGGAGAACCCCAGAGUCGGCAUGAGAUAAAUCUGUACACCUGGCUGGAAUAUGAGAACUCAAAGGAUAGUAACAUUGUCACCUCAGCUCUACAUCACUACUUCACCUCACUGGCUAGUGUUGAUCUGCGCCAGUGUCAGAGCCUCCGCCUGUUUCUCAGACUCUUGCUACGGCCAGAAUAA